CACAAUGAAUAAAAAAAUUAUUUGUGCAAAAUGAAGACAACCUGUUUGAUUAUAUUUAUGUUAUUCUUAACUUUAUAUCAAACUCAAGCUCUAAGAUGCCGAUCAGGAAACCAAAAACUGAGCGACGACAUUCGAAAAGUGAUGCAAAAAUGCAAACGUCGAUCUAAUUCCAAUAAAUCCGAUGACUCUAACGAUUCAAGCAGUGACCAUUCUGACGGAGAUUCUUCAUCCGACAGCGAUAUCUUCGAUGAAGAUUUUUUUAACUCCAGGAGAGACGACAGCUACUCGAAGACUCGGAUGAUUAGAUCCAGACACCAAGAGUACAAGCAAGAAGAAGUCAGGCCUUAUUACAUGAAAAAUCAUACCCACAAACAAGACAGGAUGUCUGAUGACAAUUAUUACAGUAGCAAUAACAAUAACAAUAAUAAUAACAAUCACAAUAAAAACAGAGACAAAGAUUCAAGAGACGGUUUCUCUGAUAAAAACAAAAAUCAAGAUGAACAAUCCUGUGUGACUCAAUGCUUCUUCGAUGAACUAAAGCUGACCAACAGACAAGGAUUUCCAGAUCGUACUUCGGUGAUAAAUAUGAUGCUCCAGGGAAUUCAUGACCCCAUGAUACGAGAUUUUAUCGAGCAGUCUAUUAUCAACUGCUUUCAUUUUGUCUAUGGUUUGCAUUUGGAUAAAUGCACAUUUUCACAUAAUUUGUUGUCUUGUUUUGCUGAUAAAGCCCGAGAGCGAUGCGAGGAUUGGGACGAUUGAAUAAAAUUUUCAUGACAAUUCACAAAAGAAGAAAUAUUUCUUCAUCUACCUAGAAAGUAAUUAAAAUAAUGAACUUUAAUUGAUAGUAAUUUUUAAUUUGACUACAACUAUACAAACUAUAACAAAAUUAUGUAAUGGAAGCUAAAUAUAUAGAUAUAUAUUUAAUAAAAAGU